GACAGCGGGCCGCAGCUCCGCCGGGUGCUGCGCUUCCUCCGAGACGUGGCGGCGCCCGAGCUGUGCGCGGGCGCGGGGCUCCGCCUCAACGUGCCCAACAAGCGCCCGGGCCAGGCGCGGCAGCUGCUGCAGGCGGCCGCGGCGGCUGCGGAGGAGGUGCCGGGCGCGGAGGUGUGCCUGCACUACAGCCUGAAGUACCAGCCCGGCGGGGCCCAGGCCUUCCGGGCCUUCUGCGCAGAGGCCAGCCGCAUCCCCGGGUGCAGCGUGCUGCUGGUCUCCGGGACCGGGAGGAGGUCGGGCCCAGACUCGUGCGCCUGCCUGGAGGAGCUCUCGCUGGAGCCGCCCGGCGCUCGCGGCCUGCCCCCGCUCGGGGUGGCCUUCAGCCCCUUCGAGGAGCCUGGGCCGGAGAGGGCGAGGCUGCUGCGCAAGCUGCGCACUGGGCUGGUGUCGCAAGUGUGGCUGCAGCUCGGCUCCGACCUGCGCGCCCUGCGCUCGGGCCUCGAGUUCCUGGCGGAGCAGCGGCUCCCCGGGCUGCGCGGCUCCGUCUUCCUGCCCUCGAGGGCCACGCUGGCCAAGCAGCGCGCCCGGCCCUGGGCCGGCGUGUACCUCGGCGAGGAGUACCUCGCCUCGGUCGAGGGCGCGGAGGACAUCACCAGGCGCACGCUCGCGAUCUUCGCCGAGUUCGGCGUGGCGCCGCUGCUCGAGAGCCCGGUGGAGGACGCGCCGGCGGUGGCACAGGCCGCCGCGCUGCUGGGCUCAGGCCGCCGCGCGGCUCGCCCGGCGCCCCCGGAGCCGAGCACUGCCGCGCCGUGCGGCGCGGGAGCGCGGGAGGCCGGCAGCGGCCGCCGCUGGGGCAGGGGCAAGAGGUCGUGA